GGCCCAUUUGAUCAGGAAGCUGUAGACUUGCUCAGAAACCGGCAUCACUGCUAAAAUAGCGAUACUGGUUCUGGAUGUAUCGCUAGCGAAACAUAACUUUCCAGGCUGUAACAGCAAUAUUAGUGAUAGCUUGUGAUAUUGCACCUCUCAUGAUGUUAUUAAGCGGUGUGUACAUAGCAGUGACUCUUGCGCUUGUGCCCAGCAUCACAUACGCAGCGAAAAACGGAGAUUGCGAAGUUUGUGUGAAUUUCCUAGGAAGAUUUUAUCAGUCGCUGAAAGACAAUGAUGUGAAAUUCACCCCUGCGGAAAUCGAGAAGGCUUUCAUGAAAACCUGCAAGGAUGCAAAGGGAAAAGAGAACAGACUUUGUUACUACAUUGGAGCAACAAGUGACGCAGCCACCAAGAUCGUCAACGAGGUGUCCAAGCCCCUGAGUUACCAUGUUCCUGUGGAGAAGAUCUGUGAAAAGCUGAAGAAGAAGGACAGUCAGAUCUGCGAGCUCAAAUAUGAGAAACAAGUGGACCUGAGCAACGUGGAAUUAAAAACCCUCAAGGUGAAGGAGCUGAAGAAAAUCCUGGAGCAGUGGGAUGAGACGUGUAAAGGAUGUGUCGAAAAGACGGACUUUAUCCGCAAGAUUCAGGAACUCAUGCCAAAAUAUGCUGCGAAUGCAGCAAAGUCACGGACAGAAUUCUGAUGUAACUUUCUACUGAAUUUUAGUUUAUUUCAAAUGGUAGGAAGAGACUAAAGAUUUUGUGGACCAGUGUUCACAUCACACAUUUUUGUGUUCCAGUCUGGAAGGUUUUGCAUAUCUUUUCAAGGGAUAGUGUUGAUAGAACAUGGUGGACGGUUUUGCUAAAUUUGUUUGGUUUCUAUGCUGUACAAACGUAUAAAAAAGUGUUUAUUCCAGUUGUACUGUACUUUUUCAUUAAAACCAGAGCAAAACAUAUAA